GGAAGCUGUUCUAUGUAAAACAUCAUUCUGGCUGAUUCAUUGUAGGUAGUCGAGCUGAUUUCCUUUCGAGUAUUAAGGCGGGCUAUAACCUCUCAAAGCUGACAACCAACAGAUUCUGACAUGGACCGUCUGUUGAGACUUGGAGGUGGAAUGCCAGGGCUUGGCCAGGGCCCCCCAACAGAUGCGCCAGCCGUGGACACAGCAGAGCAAGUCUAUAUCUCAUCUUUGGCACUGCUCAAGAUGUUGAAGCAUGGGCGUGCAGGUGUACCAAUGGAAGUCAUGGGAUUGAUGCUGGGAGAAUUUGUUGAUGACUACACAGUGCGAGUCAUCGAUGUGUUUGCUAUGCCCCAGUCUGGAACGGGUGUGAGUGUUGAGGCAGUGGAUCCUGUAUUCCAAGCUAAGAUGUUGGACAUGCUGAAGCAGACCGGCAGGCCCGAGAUGGUGGUGGGUUGGUACCACAGUCACCCUGGUUUUGGCUGCUGGUUGUCUGGGGUGGACAUCAACACACAGCAGAGCUUUGAGGCGCUGUCAGAGAGAGCUGUCGCAGUGGUGGUGGAUCCCAUUCAGAGUGUCAAGGGAAAGGUUGUCAUUGAUGCCUUCAGACUGAUCAAUGCCAAUAUGAUGGUGUUGGGUCAUGAACCAAGACAAACCACAUCAAAUCUGGGUCAUCUGAACAAACCCUCAAUCCAGGCUCUGAUUCAUGGACUGAACAGACACUACUACUCCAUCACCAUUAAUUAUAGGAAAAAUGAGUUGGAGCAAAAGAUGCUGCUGAAUUUGCAUAAAAAGAGUUGGAUGGAAGGUCUCACCCUUCAGGAUUACAGCGAGCACUGCAAACUGAAUGAAACCAUUGUCAAGGAAAUGCUGGAACUAGCUAAGAACUACAACAAGGCUGUUGAAGAAGAGGACAAAAUGACGCCAGAACAGCUGGCAAUCAAGAACGUUGGCAAACAGGAUCCCAAGAGGCACCUGGAAGAGCACGUAGACGUGUUAAUGACAUCUAACAUUGUCCAGUGUCUUGCUGCCAUGUUGGACACUGUCGUUUUCCAGUGAUGUUUAUAACUGUUAAUAAUUACAACCCUUUUUUCUUUUCUAUAAAAUAAAUGUAUGUAUAGAUAAUGACGGACUUUGUCUUUGAUUGAAGGUGUUUAAUCCAAAAAAAUCUUUACAUACGGUAAUAGAGAAAUUUGCUAUAUCACCUGGGUGUUUAUUGUUAUCAGAGUAGCUCAUCUGCCAUCACUGCAGAAUUUUUUUUUUGUGCACAGCUCAGAGGUCAUUGUUUUAUUUUGGACAAAUCAAAUCACAUUGGCUGAGAAUAAUUGCUCCUGAAUCAACUGGGAGAACAUCCCAUCAGGGAAUGUUGAGUUGCAGCAAUGUCCUGGCACAAUUGACACACGGCUUUUUGUUUUGUUUUGUUUCUGACACUGUCCUCUUUAUCACAGCAUGCAGUGCAAAAUUGUGUUGGCAUUUCCAUGCCACUACUGUGACCAUCACACAGUGUCUCCUUUCUCACCCAGCUUGUCAGCUUCAGUGUUGCUGAAUCGUUCUUGGUCUUUAAGCUUGCAGCCAUCACUCAUGGUAAAAAUGCCAUUUUUAUUCCCUCAGUCGUCUAACUAUAAUGUCUAAUCUCCCAGUAGGUUUCAGGAUCACUUGAAUCCCAACUGAAUCUUAUCCAUGGCCUCACUGACAAAGUAAAAGUGGUGAUUCAUAUAAUUUCCUAAUGAGUUGUUAACACUUUCCUUGAAAAAUCCCAAACAGUUUCAGUCAGAAAGAAGAACAUGCCUUCUUUCUCCUCCCUUUCCAGUAUGUCCUCACAAGAGAGUCAGGACAAACUUGGUCCACGGCCAUUUAUCCAAAAGGUUUUAUGGUUACAUCAUUUUUGUUCCAUAACAAACUCUCCUGAAGUGAUCCUUUUAAAGUGAGCGUAUAUCUAAUUUUAUUGGAAUAAUAAAAAAAAGCACAGCUUCAUAAUCUGUAAUAUACAGUAGCUCUAAAGCUAGGAACUCAAUUUCUCCCAUUUUAAUAUGAAACUACUCUGCAUGUUAUAAGUCAGGGGUUCUCAAAGUUUUUUGAACCACAUACCCCUUACAGGGGAGAACUUUUUUUCAAGGGCCCUCAUAAUCUUCAUGCAGAUUUAAAAAAUAAAUGAAUUCUGUCGUUUGUAUUAGAUUAAGGUGUUCAAAAGUCCUGUUUUGCCAGAACAUGACCUGUCUUCAUAUCCUGUCCUGGCUGUGAUGAAGUGUUGAAAAUCUCCUGGUUUUCAUUGUUUUUUAUUGGGCCGUUAAACUGAUUGACAUUAUGGCACUCUGCUGCAUAUGAUGUAAUCCAUGAGAGGCUGCCGUGUGGGUGGCUUUUAGUGUUGCCAAAAGGCCAAAGAAAAAGCAAAACACACACCGUUAAUCCUCUGAUGGUUGCAGAAUUGAAGUCUCAUAAUAUUUGGGAUGUCAUGCACAACAGCGGUUCAAAUUCCAAAGUUAAAAAAAACAAAUUUAGGUUACGUUCUAAAACUAACACAUUUGACCUCUGGUUCCUGUGUCGUUCUGUUUUUGGAAUCAUAUUCGUGCUGGUUUUUGAACAUCCUUUCUUUGCAAUUGUGUGUUUGGUCAUACAGUAAUCCCUCGUUUAUCGCGGUCAGUUGUUUAUGCACCUGACUGUGACAAGUGAAUUUCCGUGACGUAGGAAUCCUUAUUUAUAAAUAAAAUAUGUUCGUAAAUAGAGCAUAGAAAUGCUGUUUACGACCUUCUAAAUAUGGUUUUUAAACAUUAGAGCCCUCUAAACAUUAAAUAACACCCCUAUAGUCACCUUUACACUCGUACUACCUAAUAUAAUAAACAGAGAAAAUAAGCCAUUAAAGACUUAAAAAUAAGACUUGUUUUUGGAAAAUAUAGAGUGAAGUUGCAAAAUUCAAACCGUAAUAUGGUGAGGUAUGACUGUAUAUAGUAUUUUGUAAUAUAACAAUUUUCUAUCCAUACUGAGGAGACAUACUGUACUUAUGUAUUG